AUGUCGCGAAACAUCUGUGUCACCUCGGUUGAGGGGUACACCGGCUUCCUCGUAACACAGCUUCUGCUCACCGAUGCAGCUUUCAAAAAAGACGCGAGCAAAGUGACGGGACUGACCCUCAACCCGGCGAGUCCGUGGUGCAAGGAAUUGGAGAAGCUUGGUGCAACUAUCGCUCAACACACCCCUGGCCGCGUCCGCGAUACUGUCCGGGUACUUGAGACCACAAAAGCCGACACAUUGAUGCUCAUUCCUCCAGCAAAUGCCAACAAGACUGACAUCUCAUUGGAAAUUAUCGAGGCUGCCAAAAAAGUCAAUAUUGCCAAUGUGUGUCUCCUGAGUGCGGCUGGUUGCGAUGUAGCCGACAGGGAUGUCCAGCCGAGGUUGAGGGAAUUCAUUGAUUUGGAGGUAGCGUUAAUGAAAUUGAAGGGUAACACAAGCACGAGAACGGGGUAUUCGUCUUGUAUUAUUAGGCCUGGGUUUUAUGCAGAGAAUCUUCUUCUGUACACACCCGAGGCCCAGGAAGAGGGCUUAUUGCCGAUUCCCAUUGGACGAGACCAUAAAUUCCCUCCUAUUGCUUUGCAUGAUGUCGCCCAACUAGCUGCCCACAUCCUCACCGGUAAGGGCAAGCAUGGCUUCAGUGAUCAACACCGUGGCCAACUUAUGACCUUGACGGGACCCAUGCUUGUCAGCGGUGACGACCUCGCGCAGAUUGCCAGCAAGGCGCUGGGCGUCACUUUGAAAUUUGACGAUGUGUCAGAAAAUGAAGCACGCCGCCUACUUCGAUUCCAAACAACGCACGAAGAAGCCGAGAGGCAGUAUCUGCUUGAGUAUUACUCCCUUGUGCGAGAGGGAAAGACGAACUACAUCUCGACCAACUGCUUCCAUGACGUGACAGGCUCUCAUCCAAUCGAGCCGCCACAGUUCUUCCAGACAUAUAAGAGCGAAUUCAUGCCUAAGAUGACUGUGCAGAGAACAGCUGAUGGGGUGUGA